AUGAAACUUCGUUCACAUGAGAUCCUUUCUGCGACUAAACAUCCAACUCGCUCACCAAAUCCAUCACGAUUCAAACAAAUAUUUCAAAAGAAAACUUUGUUCAAGAAAAAAUUACAACAGCAACCACAUCAUCAUCAUCAUGGACUUAUUCAUACAAUUCCUAAUUACGUUCGCAAAAGUGUCUUUCGAUUUCUUCUCGAAGUCAAAUCGCCUUCUCCGCCUCCAUCGACACGAACCGUUCGUCAACAACCAAUGAUGGGUAUUCAAGCAUUAAAGACAAAAGCUCAACCGAAACAUUCACUUCGACCAAGACAACAACAUCAACAACAGCCACCAAUUGUUGAUAAGAAUAAACCGUUCGAAGAUUAUCAACAUCAGAAUAACUACGACAUGACGAUUCUACAUCUGAAUAUCGAUGACGGUGAUAGCAACGGCGACGACGAUGAUGAUAGUUUGACAUUUGCUACGAAAACAAGUACCAAUCAAAAGAAACCCAUACCACAAUGGGCGAGAAAAAAUGAGUUACAGAUCGCUAUUUGUAAUCAAUUGUAUUUUCAUCGAAAUCCAAGUGAAAUCUUCGGUGACUCUAUGGAUUGUUCUCCUGCACAUUUACGUACGAUUCUCCACUCAAUGUUACCGAAAGUGCAACUACUGGAUGAUAGUUUUCACGAAACUUUGAACAAUAGUAACAAAUCUCUAUUCAUCUGA